AUGGUUUCAUUUUAAUGGUUGAUUCAUCCAAAAGCAACCGAUAAGCAAGCAAAUUUUUAGCAUUAUUUAUUGAGUGAUAAUUCAAAUUCUUUAUUUCAGAUUAAUUUUAUAAUGUGUUCUAACCUUUAAUUAAAAAUUUAUCUGUUUUUUUCAAAAAUUUCAUCUUUUCCAAUUCUUCAACUAUGCAUUGUACUUGUUGGGCCAUAACAUAAAUGUUUUCUUCUUUAACAGUCACUUCAAAAGAGCAAUUUUAUUUUUCUCUUUGUGUUCAUUGCUUAUAGAUUUCUAUUAUUAUGUAAUUCUUUAAUCUUUAUCAAUUUAUUUAUUACUAAUUUGUAAUAUGUGGUCUGCUUGAAGGUAAGGGUAUUAUAUUUUAUUAGAAUUUUUACUUUUUCUAAUCCUCCCUCAUUCGCCAUUAAUUAUAAUUUUCUAUAGAAUGUUGAAAAUUAUUUGCAUUAUUCGAUUAAUCAGAACAUUUUAUAUUGUUUUGAGGUCUUAACUCUACUUGAAAAGAUAGAAGUGGUGAAAGUUGAAGAUGCACAAUAAUGUUUGUGA